GAGAAAUUGACGUAUCGGAGGUGGACUUUCCUUCAAACGGCUUACCUCGGAGAAGUCAAUCGCCGCUUACCAGGCAGGGAGGAGAGCCAGCUCGGUCGUUUCCUGCGCCAAGAACUGUAAAGACAUGGUCAUUACACCACCGCGUCUGUGAUGUCGAUCGAGCAGCAAGUCACCAGCUAAUAAGCAGAGCCGACCGCCUUCUACUAUGUCGCACUCCCAACACUCGCUGCGAGGCGCCCACGGCCGCGCCAUGAGCUCCGAGGAGAGGAGCUACGCGGCGGUCAACAAGACCUCCACACCGGUGCACAAGAGCGCGUCAUCCUCUUCCUCGUCGCAGCGCGACAGCCGGCAGGAGACAGACAGCUGGGAAAUCAUCGAGGGGCUGAAAAUCGGUCAGAGCAACGUCCAGAGGCCGGAUAAACACGAAGGGUUUAUGCUGAAGAAGCGUAAAUGGCCUCUGAAAGGCUGGCAUAAGCGAUUUUUUGUUUUGGACAAUGGUAUCCUGAAGUAUUCCAAGUCCCCCAUUGAUAUCCAGAAAGGCAAACUGCACGGCAGCAUCGACGUCGGCCUCUCUGUGAUGUCCAUCAAAAAGAAGGCUCGUCGUAUUGACCUGGACACCGAGGAGCAUAUCUAUCACCUCAAGGUCAAAUCCCAAGACAUCUUUGAUGCCUGGGUGUCCAAGCUGCGACAUCACCGCCUUUACCGACAGAACGAGAUCGUGCGAUCUCCUCGGGACGCCUCCAUGCGAACGUUCCCUUCGUCUGCGGUUGCAGAGUCACCGCAAGCCGCUUCGACCGUCGGACACGACGCCAAGCAUGCCAAAGCCAGCGGGUUGCCAUGGCAAACACCAGUCCCCACCAGCAGCAGCUUGCCCGCCUCUUACAGCAACGGUCAGAGCAAGGUGGCUGCCUGGCUACAAGAAUCCGAGGAGAUGGACAAAUGCGCAGAGGAACUUGCGCGAUGCCAGUCCAGCCUGACUGAGCUGAGUGGCCUCUUGCAAAAUCUGGAGAUUCUCCAGAGGACUCAGUCGGCACCCAACUUUGCAGAUAUGCAGACCGCUUGUGUAGAAUUGACAAAGAAAGAAAAGCGCAUGAACAGAAGAUGGAGGACAAAAAGUGUCGGCAAAGAUUCAAAAUUCCAGCUUCAGGUCCCGCUAUCAUCCAGCAUGUCAGCCGUCCGCCUCCACUCAUCCAACCCGAACCUCUGCGCCGAGAUGGGGGACUUUCAAGCUCCCGCCUCCCGGCUAACAGACAGCGUCGAGUGUACCAGUGACUACAUUAAACUACAGGAGGAAUUCUGCACCAUUGCCCAAAAAGUCCACGCUCUGCUCAAGUCAGCCUUCAACACAGUAGCCAUAGAGAAAGAAAAGAUCAAGCAGAUUCUGUCUGACCAGGACCAGUCGGACCAAUCGGCUCAGAUCAACUCCCUCAGGAAGUCUCUAUCACAGGCCGUGUCCCAAAACGCAGAGCUACGAUCCCGACUGAACCGCAUCCACUCGGAGUCCGUCCUGUCGGAGCAAGUCGUCAGCGUGAAUAUCAUUUCCACUCCUGAUGAGGUUGUAGAGCAGAUGGGGAUCCCGCUGACUCAGCAGGCCUCUAAUGAGAGCCGACUCUCCAUGUCGGAAUCGGUCUCGGAGUUCUUUGAUGCCCAGGAAGUGCUCCUAUCAGCCAGCUCAUCUGAGAACGAGGGCUCAGACGAUGAGUCAUACGUCAGCGACGUGAGCGAUAACAUCUCAGAGGACAACGCCAGCGUGACCGAUAACGUCUCCAGACAAAUGGCCAACGGAGACUUUGCUGGCUGCGCCUUCCGUAACGGGCGGCGCACGUGCCUGCCGGCGCCCUGCCCCGACACCGGCAACAUCAACCUGUGGAACAUCUUGCGAAACAACAUCGGCAAGGACCUGUCCAAAGUGUCCAUGCCCGUGGAGCUCAACGAGCCUCUCAACACGCUGCAGCGCAUGUGUGAAGAGCUGGAGUACAGCGAGCUGCUGGACAAGGCCGCUGAGACGGAAGAUCCUUUUGAACGCAUGGUUCUGGUUGCCGCCUUCGCUGUCUCAGGCUACUCAUCCACCUACUACCGAGCAGGAAGUAAGCCAUUCAACCCACUCCUCGGAGAGACGUACGAAUGUAUAAGAGAAGACAAGGGCUUCUGUUUUUUCUCUGAACAGGUGAGCCACCACCCUCCCAUCUCUGCCUGCCACUGCGAGUCCAAGAAUUUCACCUUUUGGCAAGACGUCAGAUGGAAAAACAAAUUCUGGGGAAAAUCAAUGGAGAUCUUGCCAGUCGGGACAGUGAGCCUGAUGAUUCCCAGGUUUGGAGAUCACUACGAAUGGAACAAAGUCACCACGUGUGUCCACAACAUCCUCAGUGGCCGCCGGUGGAUCGAACACUAUGGCGAGAUUACCGUCAGAAACACAAAAAGCAGCGCUUGCCUCUGCAAACUCACCUUCGUCAAGGGGAACUACUGGAGUUCUAAUGUGAACGAGAUCCAAGGAUUUGUGAUGGACCAAGAAGGGAAAGUGAUCCACAGGCUUUUUGGAAAAUGGCACGAGGGGCUUUACUGUGGCGUGCCACCUUCCGCCAAAUGUAUCUGGAGGCCAGGCUCCAUGCCCACAGAUUACGAGCUAUACUAUGGCUUCACCAGGUUUGCCACUGAACUCAACGAGCUUUGUCCCGAGCUCAAAGAUGUCCUACCGCGAACUGACGCACGGUUCAGACCCGAUCAAAGGCACCUAGAGGAGGGCAAUUUGGAGCUAGCCGCCUCAGAGAAACAGCGAAUCGAAGACCUGCAGAGAACAAGGAGAAAGUGGAAUGAAGAGAAUAAUGUCAAACAGGAGCCCCGCUUCUUCAAGAAAGUGGUUGACGCUAAUCACAGGGAACGAUGGGUCUCCAACAACCUGUACUGGGAGCUGCGGAAAAAUCCCGGCUUUAUUAACAUGGAACCGACAGUGAGCUUGUGGUAGCGCACGUCCGCUCGCUCCGCUCUUCGCAUUCGGCAUUUGACUGGACACUUGAGAUGCGAGGAGAAAGACUUAAAACACGCUCUUGGACGUGAGCGAGUCCUGGCGGGCGUUCUGCGGCGCCACCGUUGGAGGAAACCUCUCACAAGGAAGGGUCAACUUCACCAUGCUUGCGAAGGUCGCAUAGAUCUUUUCUCAGCUACUCUAACGACUCCCGAGUCGGCCUUAAACGCGGACGCCCAUACUUAGCUACGACCACAUGCAUGCUUAGAGAGCUUUCACUGGCAUCCGGCCAUAUUUAAUACAUCCUUAAUGUUGCAGAAAAAUGGGUAUUUUUAUAAAAUAUCUCAGCAGAUUGGAUUUAUUUUUUUCCCUUUUAAUACAGUUUGUGAUGGGGGAACAACUCGUCAAACCACACAGCUGAGGGCACACAUCUCCGAUAACAUCACCCGGCAUAUUUAUGAUCACGUUCAGCUGAAAACCAAGAGACAGACAAUGGUCGACAGUUCAGUGUUUCUUCACUCUCAGCUUGCUACGCCCCCGCCCCCUGCCACCCACUCCCUGGCCCUAUUGUCUCAUUUUUAACUACCUGCGCACGAGCCACUCCGUCCAUAUAUAAUGUUGAGCUUCCUUCGCUACGCUGCCAGGGUUAGGCAAAUUGUGACCUGUCGAGCAUUUUAUGCAGCAUUAUGUAGACUCCGGUCAUGUUGGCUGUUUAUUUAUAUAUUUAUUUUUAAUGAGGUCGUUUCCAUGUAUUCAGUCGUCUUUUUUUUUAAAUAAUCAUUCUUGCUGAUUAACUAUAUUGAUUUUGACACCCCCCAUCCCCCCAAAACUCGGUUAACUGUAAAUAAUGUAUUUAGUCAAUGCCGAACCAUAGGUUAAUUUAUUGAUUGUAUAUAUUAAUUUUGUAAUUUCCCUCCGAAAAUCAAUCAAUUAAAAUGGGGCAAAUCCAAAGACUAAAAUGCCAAACACAAAAAAGAUAUACAAUUUUCCAAAUUGACAAGUGGCUUUAUUUAUUUUACUCUAGCCAUCUAAUGCGUGUUGGUUUGGAACUGCGAGAGGCCCUGGCUCACAUUUGAUUUAAAAAAAAGACUGUCAUUACAGUGUACAGUACAUCAUGUUCAGGCAGCUACUUAGUCAACCUUGAGACAGCAGCGCCAUCUGCUGCUCAUUCAAGGAAAAUACCACUCCCGCUCAUCAAGUUUCAUUUCCUGAUUAGUAAUUAACCACAAAAACGGAUACAGCUACAACGGCUCUAUUAAUGGCCCGUUUGUUUUAACACUAUUGCUGACAGCCCAAACAAAUUUAGAGUGAAUCUUCACUUUUGUUGAUCAUAUCUCCACAACAAGUAUUCAAUUUCACUUGCUGUGCCUUAACGCAUACAAGAAUGACACACACACACACUGCUGGAAAUGAGAAGUUGUCCCACUCUCACCCAUCUGCAUCUGCUUAGUGAUUACAAAGCCAAAGGGACAACCUGUGUUCUUGCCAAACACGUCAGACAGUAGAUGUACACACACAAAGCCAUCAACGAAGCUCUUUGCUAUGCUACCGUACAACAUGCCGCCUGAAGUAACUGUAAAUACAGCACAUCUGGACACCUGAAAACAUGUCCAACCAUCUAUCCAUUUUCUGGAGCAUUAGGGUCACAGCUGAGCUGGAACCGAUCUCAACUGACUUUGGGCGAGAGGUGAGGUACACCUUGGACUGGUCACCAGCCAAGUGCAGGACAGUCAUUCAUACAGAGACAUGCUCCUUCUACAGGAGUGUGGACUCCCCUCAGUGGUGUGUGUGUGUAUGUGCGCACACGUUGGAGAGGAACACUGGACAGCAGCACAAGCGGAAAGUAGAACGGACAGACGCGAUGUUCCUUUAAAAGGAAAAAAAAAAGAGCCUUCAACUAUUGUUCCACCUGCAUGUGUAGCCUGCCAAUGAUUGUUGCAGAUGCCUCACGGUAAGGUUCUGUUCUUGUCAUGGACCAGACCACGUCCGCUGGGGACCCUGAUGGUACCUUCUUUAAAAAGUGCAAUUGAAACUAAAGUACAUAUCGUUCCAUCAACACUGUACACUGCUGCUACAUAGUGCUUGGAUUAAUAAAACCGGACCUUCGGUGUGUGGUUUAUUCACCCAA